GCAGAGGAUACCGUCAUGGAGAUUUCAUCAAAAGAAAACGCUCACUUUUUCUCAAACAACGCAAUCUUGCCCGUGGACCGAUCUUCGUUCAAAUCCGAAUCAUCCGCAUCCAAGGAAAAACAGUCAUGUUGUGGAGGUAUAAAGGUAUUUCUUGGUGCCUUGUCUUUUGUUUAUUUUGCUAAAGCACUGUCAGGAAGUUAUCUAAAAAGUACUAUCACACAAAUAGAAAGAAGAUUUGACAUUCCUUCCUCUUUGGUUGGUGUUAUUGAUGGAAGUUUUGAAAUUGGGAACCUCCUAAUCAUAAUUCUAGUGAGCUACUUUGGAGCAAAGCUUCACAGGCCAAGAAUAAUUGGAGCAGGCUGCUUAAUUAUGUCAGCUGGAACAUUCCUGAUUGCAGUGCCCCAGUUCUUCAUGGGACGAUACCGGUACGAAAGAUUCCCUUCCACCAUCAAUUCCACUCUUAGCCUCUCUCCAUGUCUGCAGGAUAAAAGCCAAACUCCACUCUCAGCCUUGGAGAAAUCUGAAGCAAAAAUAAAUGCAGGGUGUGAAAAGGAAGCAGGCUCUUCCAUGUGGAUCUAUGUUCUACUGGGAAAUCUUUUGCGUGGAAUAGGUGAAACCCCUAUCCAGCCCCUGGGAAUUACAUACAUUGAUGAUUAUGCUGUUGAAGAGAAUGCUGCCUUAUAUAUUGGCUGCGUACAGACAGUGGCCAUUAUAGGGCCAAUAUUUGGCUUUCUCCUGGGAUCCCUGUGUGCCAGAUUAUACGUUGACAUUGGCUUUGUAGAUCUGGACAGCGUGGCCAUAAGUCCCAAGGACGUGCAGUGGGUGGGAGCGUGGUGGCUCGGGUACCUGAUUGCUGGGGUGAUCAGUGUCCUGGCUGGCAUCCCCUUCUGGUUCCUGCCCAAGCACCUCCCAAAACCCGAGAGCAGGAAGGGCUCCAGCACCUCUUCUGAGCACUCGAGGUUCAUCAUUGAGGAGAACAAGGACCAGCACACAUCCUAUUGGCAACAAGCCAAGCUUGCAGAGAUGGCAAAAGACUUCCUGCCAUCACUGAAGAACCUCUUUGGGAAUCCAGUUUACAUUCUGUAUUUGUGUGCAAGUAUCAUUCAGUUCAAUUCUUUAAUUGGCAUGGUAACAUAUAAGCCAAAAUAUAUUGAACAACAGUAUGGGCAGACAUCUUCAAAAACUAACUUUGUUAUAGGUCUUAUUAACAUUCCUGCUGUGGCCUUUGGCAUAUUUUCUGGAGGACUGAUCAUGAAAAAAUUCGGGAUCGGUGUUUUAGGGGCUGCAAAACUUUCCUUGGGCUCAUCUUUCUUUGGUUACCUGUUGCUGCUGUCGCUGUUUGCCAUGGGCUGUGGGAACUCGGAUGUGGCCGGGCUGACGGUGCCGUACCCCGGCACUGAACCCGUGGCUGAUUACGAGCCAGCCCUGUUUUCAGAGUGCAACUCGGGCUGCUCGUGUUCCAGGAGCGCCUGGGAGCCGGUGUGUGGGGAGGAUGGAGUCACCUACGUGUCCGCCUGCCUGGCGGGCUGCCGGGCAUCCGGCGGCACCGGGAACAGCUCCGUAUUUUUUAACUGCAGCUGUGUGGGAACCUCUGAAUCUUCACAAAACUCCUCAGCCGUGGUGGGACCAUGUCAAAAAGGAAAUGAGUGUCCCAAAAUGUUUCUGUAUUUUCUAGUAAUAUCAGUUAUCACUUCAUACACUUUGUCAGUAGGUGGCACACCCGGAUACAUACUGCUUCUAAGAUGCAUUAAACCCCACUUGAAAUCAUUUGCACUUGGUAUCUAUACCCUGGCAAUAAGAGUACUUGCGGGGAUUCCAGCCCCAGUGUAUUUCGGAGUAGCCAUAGAUACCACUUGCCUGAAAUGGGGAAGCAAAAGAUGUGGGGGAAGAGGAGCAUGCAGACUGUAUGACUCCAGUGCACUCAGGUAUGUGUACCUGGGGCUGACUUUGGUCUUGGGCACGGUGUCCAUUUUCUUCAGUGUUGCUGUCCUUUGGGUUCUCCGAAAAAGGUCUUCUCCACCAGAUGAGAUCCUCUCAGCCAACGGGGAGAGAGGCACCUGUGGGACAAAGAGCAGAAAUGACAAUUUUGUCAAUAGUGACCGGUUAAUUCAGUCAACUUACUGGCCAGAAAAGGAGACCAGACUUUAG